AUGGAACAUCCAGCCUUCACCUUGUCAGGAUUAUGCGCCGUCGGCGGCAUCAUGGGCUACGCCCGUAAGGGCUCUGUGCCCUCGUUAGUUGCCGGAAUCACGUUUGCCACCAUCUACGGAGGCGCAGGCUACUUGUUGAAGCAGAACGCCGACUACGGGUUGGAGUUGGCCUUGGGGGCCUCCACCACCUUGUUAGUGGCAGGAAUCCUGCGUUCCAUUCCUACUGGCUUCAAAAAGCCCAUUCCGCUUCUCCUCGUUGCCUUGGGGGGACUUUCCAGCACCUACUACGCCAGAAAGUACAACGAGUUCUACUCCGUCUUCUGA